CCGGGUGUCCCACGGGCGCCCACCGCUCCUCUCUCAAUCGCGUGCUCCCCGCCGGCCGCACCGACCGCCCUCCCGGCCGCUUGCCCGCCCGUCGGUCCCCACGCCCGCGCAGCGCCGCCGCCCGCCGCAGCCAUGUCCAAGGAGCCGCGGGCCGGGCGGGAGGAGAUCCUGGAGUGCCAGGUGAUGUGGGAGCCCGACAGCAAGAAGAACACGCAGAUGGACCGCUUCCGGGCGGCCGUGAGCGCCGCCUGCGGCCGGGCGCUGGACAAUUACAAUGAUCUGUAUCACUGGUCAGUGGAAUCAUACUCGGACUUCUGGGUAGAGUUCUGGAAAUUCAGUGGGAUUGUCUUCUCACGCAUGUAUGAUGAGGUGGUGGACAUCUCAAAAGGGAUCGCGGAUGUCCCUGAGUGGUUCCGAGGCAGCCGGCUGAACUAUGCGGAAAACCUUCUGAAGCACAAAGACAACGACAAAGUCGCCCUUUAUGUCGCGAGAGAGGGCAAAGAGGAGAUUGUGAAGGUGACUUUCGAAGAGCUGAGACAGCAGGUGGCGCUGUUCGCAGCUGCAAUGAGGAAAGUGGGCGUGAAGAAGGGAGACCGGGUGGUCGGUUAUCUGCCCAACAGUGCGCAUGCUGUGGAGGCCAUGCUGGCUGCAGCGAGCAUCGGCGCCGUCUGGAGCUCCACGUCCCCAGACUUUGGUGUGAACGGCGUUCUGGACCGUUUCUCCCAGAUCCAGCCUAAGCUCAUCUUUUCUGUGGAGGCUGUUGUGUACAAUGGCAAAGAGUACAGCCACAUGGAUAAGCUACUACGCGUCGUCAAAGGACUGCCAGACUUGAAAAAGGUGGUGAUGAUUCCCUACAUUAACUCGAGAGAGAAGAUCGACAUUUCUAAGAUCCCAAAUAGUGUGUUCCUGGAGGAUUUUCUGGCAAGCGGGAAAGGGGAUCAGGCCCCCCAGCUGGAGUUUGAGCAGCUGCCCUUCAGUCACCCCCUCUUCAUCAUGUUCUCGUCGGGCACGACCGGGGCACCCAAGUGCAUGGUGCACUCGGCUGGGGGCACCCUCAUCCAGCACCUGAAGGAGCAUGUUCUGCACGGUGACAUGGGCAGCUCGGACAUCCUCCUGUACUACACCACGGUUGGCUGGAUGAUGUGGAACUGGAUGGUGUCUGCUCUGGCCACUGGGGCGGCCGUGGUCCUAUAUGAUGGCUCCCCCCUGGUGCCAACACCCAACGUGCUGUGGGACCUGGUGGACAGGAUCGGCAUCACCAUCCUCGGGACGGGCGCCAAGUGGCUGGCUGUGCUUGAAGAGAAGAACAUGAAGCCAGUGGAAACCCACAACCUCCAGACGCUUCACACCAUCCUGUCCACUGGCUCCCCGCUGAAAGCCCAGAGCUAUGAGUAUGUGUACAGGUGCAUCAAGAGCAGCGUCCUGCUGGGCUCCAUCUCAGGAGGCACGGACAUCAUCUCCUGUUUCAUGGGCCAGAACGUGUCCAUCCCGGUGUAUAAAGGCGAGAUCCAGGCCCGCAACCUGGCCAUGGCAGUGGAGGCCUGGGACGAGGAAGGAAAGGCAGUCUGGGGAGAGAGCGGGGAGCUGGUGUGUACCAAGCCGCUGCCCUGCCAGCCCACGCACUUCUGGAAUGACGAGAACGGCAGCAAGUAUCGCAAGGCCUAUUUCUCCAGGUUCCCAGGUAUCUGGGCCCAUGGCGACUACUGCAGGAUCAACCCCAAGACAGGAGGCAUCAUCAUGCUUGGCCGGAGUGAUGGCACCCUGAACCCCAACGGAGUGCGAUUUGGCAGUUCGGAAAUCUACAAUAUUGUGGAAGCCUUCGAGGAGGUGAUGGACAGCCUGUGUGUCCCCCAGUACAACAAGGACGGUGAGGAGAGGGUGGUCCUUUUCCUGAAGAUGGCGUCCGGCCACUCCUUCCGGCCUGAGCUGGUGAAGAGCAUUCGGGAGGCCAUCCGCGCUGGCCUGUCUGCACGCCACGUGCCCAGCCUCAUCCUGGAGACGCAGGGCAUUCCGUAUACCCUCAAUGGCAAGAAAGUGGAGGUGGCUGUGAAGCAGAUUAUUGCUGGGAAAGCUGUGGAACAGCGAGGAGCCUUCUCGAACCCCGAGACCCUGGACUUGUACUGGGACAUCCCUGAGCUGCGGGACUUCUGAGCCAGCCGGCCUGGAACUGCCUUUGGCCGUGGUGCAUCUCUACUGUAACGGUCCACACCUACGGCCCUGGGAGGGGAGCUGUGCCCACACAUCUGCAGGCUGGGGAGGCACCGUCUCCUCGCCCUGGAGUUCCACCUGGACGGGGCCGCUGGCUUCCACAGGCCCAGGGAGCACUGGGACUCUGUGUGGGACUGCAGUACUCUGGAGUGUGUCUUUGCACUUGAAGCGAGGAGAGGGUCCCUGUGUGUGUGUGUGCUCUCGGCCUUCGUCCUGGGCCCUGCACAGGGCUGGCUGAUAGGCCUCCAGAGAGGACCUUGGCUUUGGCCUUGUUCCCUGUUUUAUCCUCUCCACCCCUCGCCCCUAUCCCCACCCCCAGAGAUGUCUCUCCUUUCACACUGAUUCCGGCCCUGCCCGCCGUCACUCAGGCCCAUCUGUGCUGCUACGUCAGCUGCUAUGCCGGCACAUUUCAGCGUGACCCUACACGCCUCCACGGUCACCGCCGGGACCCCAGCUGCCACUCUCACUCAGUCUGUGUGUCACGCACGGAAUGCGCACAGUCCCGGGGGGACUGAGAGUCACACCCUGACAGAGUCCUUGGAGGAUGAGUGGACUUCACGCUUUAGCGGCUGGGGGUGGUUUAAAGACUGUGUAGUGUUUGGUAUCUGCUGUGGGGGGGCUUGAAGAACCAGGUGCACCCUGGGUGUGUCCCUUCACUGUGUCCAGACAGUAGUAGGGACCCUGGGCUCCCUGGGGACAAAGUGGCCCAGGCCUCGGGGGGCGUGUCCUCCCGACUUCCUCCUCACGAGGGCAUGUCAGUUCCAGGUUUGGCAACAGGUGCUUUGUAUGAUGUACCUUUCAAUUCAGCUGACAGAAGAUUCCUGUAAGCCUAAUGUUUGAUUUUGUAUAUUUUUAAACUAAGCACAAGGAAGUAACUUUUUUUGAGUUCUUCUGGAUUGUACAAAUAUCAGGGGAAGUGCUCUGAGGGGACUUGAUGCAAUAAACAGACUUAUGUAUAUGUGCA